AUGCAUCUACCUACACUCAGUGCUCUUCUUGCCUUUGGUAGCAUCGCCGUAUGCACGCCUCUCGACCCUCGGCAGCAAACAGCUACAGCGCUUGAUGCUGCCAUCAAGGCGCGAGGCCGUUCAUACAUCGGCACUUCUUUGACGAUCCGCAAUGACAACACUGAGCAAAACAUUAUCCGUAGUGCAGAGUUUGGUUCCAUUACGCCUGAGAAUGCGAUGAAAUGGGAUGCCACAGAACCCAACCGGGGUCAGUUUAACUGGGGAAGUGCAGAUGCUAUCGCGAACUUUGCGACGCAGAAUGGAAAGCAGAUGCGCUGCCAUACGUUGGUUUGGUACAGUCAACUGCCGGGUUGGGUGAACCAAAUCAACAACAAUGCUACAUUGAUGAGCGUAAUGGAAAACCACAUCAAACAGGUCAUGGGUAGAUACAAGGGAAAGUGCACUCACUGGGACGUCGUCAACGAAGCUCUCAAUGAAGACGGUACAAACAGAGACAACGUCUUCCUCCGUUUAAUCGGGGAGCAGUACCUUCCCAUCGCCUUCCGCAUGGCCGCAGCUGCCGACCCAUCGGCAAAACUCUACUACAACGACUACAACCUCGAAUACGGCACGGCCAAGCACCUCGGCGCCCUCCGAAUUGUCAAACUCGUGCAAUCCUGGGGUGUCAAGAUCGAUGGCGUGGGUCUACAGGGUCACCUGGUUUCUGAGCCGACUGGCACUCAGAGUGAAGUAACACCGAGUGUUGCUGUAUUGACCAAAGUGCUGCAAGAUUAUGCGAACCUAGGUGUCGAUGUUGCGUAUACGGAGCUCGACGUACGAUCCCGUACCCCGAGCAAUACGCAGAAGUUGGCGGAUGCGGCAGCAGCUUGGGCGAGAAUUGCCCAGAGUUGCAUCAAUGUGCAACGUUGUGUUGGCAUGACCAUAUGGGGUAUCGCGGACAAGUAUUCUUGGGUUCCAGGUACUUUCAACGGAGAGGGGUCUGCAUUGCUGUGGACGGAUAACUUCCAGAAAAAGUCCGCUUACACAGCGUUCUUGGACGUUUUGAACGGGAAAAACGUGACGACAGUGUAA